AUGAAGAAGAAAGAGCAGGGGCGGAAGGUGGUGGUGUGGGCGGCGGAAGGCGGUGGUGGGGGCGGUGGUUUGUUCAUCAUGACAAAUCUUGCAAAACUUGAGUUCAUGGCCCUAGACAUUACUGGGAAAAACUAUUUGUCAUGGGUAUUGGAUGCUGAAAUACAUUUGGAUGCCAAUAAUUUGGGUGAAACAAUUAAAGAAGGAAAUAAAGCAAUUACCCAAGAUAAGGCAAAAGCCAUGAUCUUUUUUACCCAUCAUAUUCAUGAGGCUUUGAAAAGUGAGUACCUCACUAUCAAGGAUCCACUUGUCCUUUGGACCAACCUGAAAGAAAUGUAUGACCACCAAAAAACUGUAAUAUUACCGAGAGCUCGUUACGAGUGGAUCAAUUUAAGGUUGCAAGACAUUAAGUCUAUAAACGAGUACAAAUCGGCAAUGUUUAGAAUCACAUCACAAUUGAUUCUAUGUGGUGAAAAUAUUACUGAUAAGGAAAUGUUGGAAAAAACAUUCUUAACAUUUCACCCCUCGAAUGUGAUACUGCAACAACAAUAUCGUGAAAGGGGUUUCACCAAAUAUAGUGAGUUAAUAUCAUGUUUGCUUGUGGUCGAGCAAAACAACGAGCUCUUAAUGAAAAAUCAUGAGACUCGUCCGGUUGGAGCAACCCCAAUCCAUGAAGCUAAUGUGGCAACAUAUAAUGGCCAAAGUGAAAGUUACGGACGUGGUCGAGGUUAUCAUCGUGGUCGUGGUCGUGGUCGUGGUUAUGGCCGUGGUCGUGGUCAUGGUCGUGGACGUGGCCGAGGAAAUUAUCAUAGUGUUCAAUUUAAGAACAAAGGGACCCACCAAAAGUGGCAUAAUAAUGAAACUAAAUCUAGUGAAGAAAAAAAUAAAAAGAAGGUGGGAUCUUCAUCGAAUGCAUGUUACUGA